AUGCUGCCGACAACAAUCCGAUCGCCGCCCGCAGAGGCAGACUACACGCCCCUGGCAGAGUAUCAGUCACAGACGCCGGAAUCUUUCACCGAUGGAAAGCCAAUUCUACACUACCAUCUCGCCGGCGCAAAGGCGACAAUCCCGCGGUCACAAUGCGGCAGCCUGGCCGUCUUUCCCCAGGAUACUGCUGCGGCGCCAAACGACUCAAGUGAGGGAGAAGCUUCCGAGGAGCUAGCAGAGCAAACUGUUGAUGUUUUUGCGACUUCAGAAAACUUCAUCAUCUUCAGCCACCAAGCCGAAGCCGGCGUCUCGAUCCCCUACCCUUCCAUCUCUAUUCACGCUCUCAAAACGGUCGAGAGCUCGCAAGCCGUCUGGAUGCAGCUGGACCUCGCCGACGGCGGCAUUGACGACUCCGACUUCCAGACUGUCGAGCUCACCAUCAUCCCACCAACCUCCUCCGAAGCCAAUUUGGCGCAACAGCUGUACGACGCCAUGGCCAAUUGCUCCGAUCUACAUCCUGACCCCGAAAAUGAGGAAGACGACGACAAUGAGUAUGACCGCAUCGUCUUCGAGGGAAACGCAGGUCACGAGGCCAUUGAGGGCUUCACUGGCGUUUUACGCGGUGUCGCGGAUGGUGGGCUGCCACCUCCUAUGCCUGGUAGCGGCGGUUGGAUCACGGCGGAUAACGUACACGAGUACUUCGACGCGGAUGGCAACUGGAUAGGUGGAGAGCAGGAGGGAGAGGAAGAGCCUGAGGAGCUCGGAGAAGGAGCUGGUAGAACCCGCCCACGAGACGAGCUUGAGAAGGAAGAUGCCGUCAACGGACACGAUUCAGCUGAGGAUCCGGAGAGCAAGCGGCCAAGGGUAGAUAAUGGAGACAGCGCGUAG